UAUGUGAUGGGAUGUUAGGUGAUGUUACACACUGUAGAUGAGCCAGGAUGUUAGAUGUGUUUAUUUGUAUGUGCUGGGAUGUUAGGUGAUGUUACACACUGUAGGUGAGCCAGCAUGUUAGAUGUGUUUAUUUGUAUGUGCUGGGAUGUUAGGUGAUGAUACACACUGUAGGUGUGCCAGGAUGUUAGAAUUGUGUAUUUGUAUGUGCUGGGAUGUUAGGUAAUGUUACAUACUGUAGGUGAGCCAGGAUGUUAGAUGUGUGUAUGUGUAUGUGCUGGGUUGUUAGGUGCUGUUACACACUGUAGGUGAGCCAGGAUGUUAGAUGUGUGUAUUUGUAUGUGCUGGGAUGUUAGGUGAUGUUACACACUGUAGGUGAGCCAGGAUGUUAGAUGUGUGUAUUUGUAUGUGCUGAGAUGUUAGGUGAUGUUAUAUACACAAUGUAGGUGAGCCAGGAUGUUAGAUGUGUGUAUUUGUAUGUACACACUGUAGGUGAGCCGGGAUGUUAGAUGUGUGUAUUUGUAUGUGCUGGGAUGUUAGGUGAUGUUACACACUGUAGGUGAGCCAGGAUGUUAGAUGUGUGUAUUUGUGAUGCAGGUGGAUAGCUACAUCUGCCACAUGUGUGGCCGUGGAGACGGGGACGAGUACAUGCUGCUCUGUGAUGGUUGUGACGACGCCUUCCAUACCUACUGUCUGAUCCCACCCCUACAAGAGGUCCCUAAAGGGGAUUGGCGAUGUCCUCGGUGCAUUCAACAGGUGUGCGGUAAACCACAGGGUCCCUAUGGGUUUGAACAGGCAAAGAGAGAGUACAGUCUGCAGUCCUUUGGAGAGAUGGCAGAUCAGUUCAAAUCCAACUACUUCAGUAUGCCAGUGCAUAUGGUCAGCUGCGAGGCAGUGGAGAAGGAGUUCUGGCGCCUGGUAAACUGUAUUGAGGAAGAUGUGUGUGUACAGUAUGGUGCUGAUAUCCACGCGGCCGACAUGGGCAGUGGCUUCCCCACCAAGGACAAUAAAGACAUGUUCCCUGAAGACGAGGAGUACAUUAAUUCUGGUUGGAACCUGAACAAUCUACCUGUUCUAGAACAGUCAGUUCUCUGCCACAUCAAUGCUGACAUCUCUGGAAUGAAGAUUCCCUGGUGUUAUGUUGGGAUGUGCUUCUCCAGCUUCUGUUGGCACAAUGAGGACCACUGGAGCUACUCUAUCAAUUAUCUCCACUGGGGUGAGCCUAAGACAUGGUAUGGGGUUCCGGGCGAGUGUGCCGACCAGUUCGAGGAUGCCAUGAAAGCCAAUGCUCCCGAGCUGUUUGAGCAUUCACCAGAUCUGUUGCAUCAAUUGACCACCAUUAUGAACCCAAAUAUACUCAUGGACAUGGGUGUUCCGAUUGUUAGAACCAACCAGCACGCUGGAGAAUUCAUUGUUACCUUCCCACGGGCCUAUCACGCUGGAUUCAACCAAGGCUACAACUUUGCGGAGGCAGUCAACUUCUGUCCAGCUGACUGGCUACCCAUUGGUAGGGCCUGUAUUGACCACUACAGAAGCUUGAAUCGCCAGUGUGUCUUCUCCCAUGAGGAGUUGGUGUGUAAGAUGGCUGCUGAUCCUGACAACCUUGACCUCAAGGUCGCUGCUUGUACCCACCAUGAUUUACUGGGAAUCGUUGAGAAGGAGAAACAGCUACGCAAGAAGCUUCUAGACAGAGGUACCAUGGAGGCUGAGCGUGAGGCAUUUGAGUUAUUACCUGAUGAUGAGAGGCAAUGUGACUCAUGUAAAACAACCUGUUUCCUGUCGGGAGUCACCUGCCCUUGUAGUCCUAACAAGCUGGUGUGUAUUCAUCAUGUGGAGAUGCUGUGCGAUUGUGACCCGUCACGUCACUGCCUCCGCUACAGGUACACACUGGACGAGCUCCCAGCCAUGCUGUACAAACUCAAGGUUCGCGCAGAGUCCUUUGACAACUGGACUAGCAAAGUGGGCGAGGCAUUGGAAGCCGCAGGGGAUGAUCGACUGGAAAUAAGCGAGCUGAAGGAGCUAAUUAUGGAGGCCGAGGAGAAGCGGUACCCCGACACGGAGCUGCUGCACACCCUUGUUGAUGCUGUGGGCGAAGCGGAGAAAUGUGCCAGUGUUGCCAAUCAGCUGGUCUCAAAGAAAGUCCGUACCAGGAACAGACAAUCUAUGGAAGGGAAAUACAUAGCCAAGCUCAGUUUAGACGAGUUGAAUUGUUUCUAUGACCAAGUCUACAACUUACCAUGUAUUAUCAAAGAAGCCAAACUGAUCAAGGAACUGCUGGACAAAGUGAUCGAAUUCCAAAGAGACGCCCAAGAUGCAUUAGAGGCUGAUACCCCUGAUUCAGAAAAAAUAGAACAGCUGAUCGACUUCAGUGUUACACUUGAUGUUGACUUGCCAGAAAUACCAAGACUCAAACAGGUUCUACAACAAGCCAAGUGGCUGGACGAGGUACGUCUGACACUGCGAGACCCUCUGAAUGUCACCCUGGAUGUGAUGAGAGAACUGAUGGAGUCUGGUGUUGGCCUAGCCCCACAUCCUGCCGUAGAGAAAGCCAUGGCAGAGCUCCAGGAGCUUCUCACCAUCAGCGAGCGAUGGGAGGAGAAAGCCAGGAUCUGCCUACAGGCCAGACCUCGUCAUGUGAUGGCUACCCUGGAGGCCAUUAUUAAUGAAGCAAAGGGGAUUCCCGCCUACUUGCCAAAUGUAACUGCUCUAAAAGAUGCCCUAAGGAAAGCCAAGGACUGGACAGUGAGGGUGGAGAAUGUGCAGAAUUCUGACUCGUACCCCUACCUGGACAUCCUGGAGACGUUGGUCAACAAGGGCCGGCCCAUCCCUGUCCGUCUGGACCAGCUACCACAGGUCGAGUCUCAGGUAGCUGCUGCCAAGUCCUGGAGGGAGAGGACUGCCAGAACAUUCCUCAAAAAGAACUGUACCUACUCCCUCCUAGAGGUGUUGUCUCCCCGAGCUGACAUCGGCAUCUAUAGUGGAGGUAAAAACAAAAAGAAAAAGUUCAAGGAGGGCGAGAAGGAAAAGAAGGAUGUUGAAACCAAUAACAACAACCUCGACAUCAAGAUAGAAGACCAGCGAGACCCAGCAGCUAUUGUGGCAGCAUUUAAAGUGGCCGAGCAGAAGGAGGUGGACUGUAUGUGUGAGCUGAGGGAUAGGAAUGUGAGCAAGAUCAAUCAGGAGGGGGAGGAAGUCAAGUACUGUGUGUGUCGGAAGGGAGCCUCAGGCUUCAUGUUACAGUGUGAACUCUGCAAGGACUGGUUCCACGGCACAUGUGUACCACUUCCGAAAUCUGCAAAUAUGAAAAAUAAGUCGUCUCAGGCAGCAGCUGUACAGGCUGCCAAAGAUCUCAAGUUUUUAUGUCCCCAGUGCUUAAGGUCGCGACGCCCUCGACUAGAGACAAUACUUUCACUCCUCGUAUCCCUCCAGAAACUUCCAGUGCGCUUGCCAGAGGGGGAGGCCCUUCAGUGUUUAACAGAACGUGCCAUGGCCUGGCAGGACCGUGCCCGCCAAGCUCUAACCACAAGUGAACUCGCCUCAGCUUUGGCUAAACUCAGUGUGUUGAGUCAAAGAAUGGUGGAACAGGCGGCACGCGAAAAAACUGAGAAAAUUAUAAACGCAGAACUGCUUAAAGCUGCUAAUAAUCCAGAGUUACAGGGACAUUUAGCCAGUGUAACUCAAAGUGCUUUUGGUGGGACUGCGGGAGGUGGGGGUGGGUCUGCUAGUGCAUCCUUGUCUGGGAAGCAUUCAGAUUCUGGGAACUUCAGUUUGGAGGCUGAAAACUCAUUUACAAUUCCAUUGUCACCUCAGUCGUCACAUAACUCGGACGACAUUCAGAUGGAGGUGGAGGUGAUCAGUUCAGCACAACAGCAACAAAACCACAGUGGCAUGUCAGAGCAUGCUUAUUCUUCAGCCUCCAAAACCAGUAACAAUGCAUCACCACGUAAACACCAGAGAAAGUCGCCGCUGGUGGCCCGGACCCUUGAGGCCCCGGUCCUGGAGCUUUCAAGCACGGCCAAGAGUCAACUAGAGGAACUGAUGAUGGAAGGAGACCUUCUGGAAGUGUCACUGGAUGAGACACAGCACAUCUGGAGGAUCCUACAGGCCUGCCAGCCUAGGGCAGACCACAAGUUCCUUGAACUAGAGGACAGUAAGGAUAACAUAACCAGUAUUCCCAUCAGCAGCGAGCGUGAAAAGCUGCAGAUCAAGAUAAAGAAGGAGAAAGACCCUGAGAAGAAAAAGAAGAAAAGGAAGAAGUUAGAGGAUGGGACAGAAGUGAAGAUGAAGAAGAGCAAAGAAGUGAAGGAGGUAGCUGAAGCAGGUGCUGGGGAAGCAGGAGGAGGAGGAGGAGGGGGCGGUGGAGGAGGAGGAGGAGGUGUUGCUGCCAUGAUGAAGGUCAAGAAAAUCAAAAUCAAGAAAGAGAAAGACCCCAUCAAGGAAAAGAAAGUAGCUAAGGACCUAGACAACAUGGAAAUUGCUGCAAGCAUGGACAUAUCAACUAUAGCAUCGGAGGCUGAAAAGAUAAAGAAGGCUGGAGAGAAAGCCGACAGAUUAAAGAAAUUAGGAGAGGAGAAACUGAAGAAGAAAAAAAUGAAAGUAGUUAAGAAAGAAGGAGUAGUAGUGGUCGAGGAGCUCAUCAAAAAGAAGAGAAUGAAACCGAAAGUAAAACGGGAAAGGAAAGGGAAGGGAAGUCUGGUCAGGCACGACGAUGAUAAAGACGAUGAGAAUGAUGAUGACUGUGCUGCAACCAAAUGCCUCAAACCAACAGGUGAAGAAGUGAACUGGGUACAGUGUGAUCGCUGUGAGGAUUGGUACCACCUUCUGUGUGUAGGCUUAGGGGCAGAGGAGAUCUCGGAGGACGAGGAGUAUCAAUGCUAUAGGUGUAGAAAUCUACACUGCUCCGACUCCUAUGUUCCCCCUGUCACCUCAGACCCUCGCUUCCCCCAUAGCAUGGACUCCCAGGCUCCUGACAACCAAGUGCCAGUCAUCAAAUCAGAACCACAGGACCUGACUUGUCACGAGUCAAUGGAUCUUACAAUGGACACAUCUCCAGUGGACGAGGAGGAGCACACAUCUCUGGUGGACGAUUCAGCCCUCGAGUGUAAUAAUCCUCUCACAGAAAAUACCGAGGACAGUGGUAAGAAUCUCCUCCCUGGGGAAGAGGCUCGUGCUGUUGUUGGUGAAAAGUGCCAGGUUAUGCCAACGGUCUUGGCACAGGACACUGAUGCUAUGGACAUCACGGGGGCGGGGAUACAGGAGGGAUUCUCAGAAUCCACUGAAACGGAGUUUGAGUUAGAGAGUGGUAUUGAAGAAACUGUGAUAGAGGAGGAAUCUGUUGUGGACACUACUAGAGUUGUGAGUGACCCAUCAAUUAAUGACUGUGGUGUAGAGGUGUCUUCCCGAGAUUCAAAUAACAGCACACCUCUCCUUGACAGUGGGCCGAUAGAUAACCUGAUUGAGUCUGUGUCCUGAUUUACCUGUGGGACAGAUCCUAAUAUUUUUGUCCAACCAUCGGUCUGAUUUCCUGAAGUGAUCAGUUCUUAUGAUCUAUCUCCCGAGACUUGUGGUCGAGGAAGUCUGGGCUGUAAUAAUGUACUAGACAGGAUUGAGAGCUUGGCCCUGGGUUCCAUAAACAUCUCAAACCACCAAUCAAGCUAUGCUCUCCGACGGGUUUUUACCAUUGAAAUAGUACAUGACGAAAUCAGGGCCAGACUAAAUAUUAACCAGAAAUCACACUUUGUGAAUUACUAGUCCUAGACUUUCUGUGAAAGCCAAGCUUCUGUUGGUAACACAUAUAUUGAUGAAAUGGAUCGAGAGGAGAAACAUACAUAUUACUUUGGUGUGUGUGAAACAAAGCUAAGGCAAUAGUUGUGUACAGCCAGUUUUAUGGAUGUUGUUCCUCAGUAUUUGUAUACAUAUUUCUUCACAUACCUCAUCGAUUCUAUAAAGUGAAUACUUCACUUCUGUGUUCUAUCUGUCACACUACACCAUUGGGAGUUUGAAUCUGUAUUCUAUAUUGUAAAGGGAUUUUUUUUUUUAUAUAGCGAAACUAUUAUUUCAUGGUUGUUUUUUUUGAAGCAUCUGUUUUCCGAUUUUUUUUCUUCAAUAAUAAAGGUCAAUUUGGAUGUUUUGGGUUGUGAAAUGAUUUUCAUUUGUGUUUCUUUCUGUAAAUGACCAUUUUCAAACAUGUUUCAGCUAAAAUAAGAUGUACUUAAAGUUAUGAACCUUUUAAGCUCCCAUGAGAACAAAUCAAUUAACGCAUGCGUUAGUUCUUUAAAUGAUUCCUUCUUCAACUUAUUAAGAAUUACAAACUUAUUUUCUUGGCGCGGGCAUCAUGUAGAUACUUAAAUAUUAUUUGAUUGAAGUAAUGCUUUAUUUUCUCAUAUGUCAAAGAGUAAUUUUAUUUAUGUAUAUUGUGAAUAUCACAUUCAGAUUCUUGACUAAAUCAUAGUUGAAUUUGCAGAUAUGCUUAAGGACUUGCUUAACAAGAAACAUCGACAAGGACUUGUAAAAUCUGAGAAAAGUCAGUUUAAGUCUUUUUCCAGGCACAUGCAUGUGAUAUCAGUUUAGAAAAUUUGCUGUAAAAGUUUUCUUAAAAAAAUACAGAGCGAGGCAGUUAAGUGAUAAUGUAUCAAGAACUAUAAAUUAUAAAAUACCGGUAUGACAAUUGGUGAAUAAAAGGAAUACAUGUAUAAAACAGUUAUCACUUUUUUGCUUAUUGGAUCUUUAAAUGUUGGGUGUGGGUAGUACUGUUUUCCAAUGUCUCAAAGUUUAGGAAAUAGCUCAUGUUCACUUAGAUUUAAAAACGAUGAUGAAAACAAGUGGUUCAAAUUUUUCCAGAAUAUUGGGGAAAAAAUAUUGUCGAAAUUCAAAUUCAAGAAAAAUGUUACUUUUAAUAAAAGUCAUCAGGGUAAUAUGUAUUAGAAUUUUCUCCCUAAAAAGUUUGCGAUAUAUAAUUUUCUAUGACACAGAUGGAUGGUAGUAACUUGUACUUUCUGCGUACUCUGAUAAGUCCGAAGGCUAGAAACUAUAUGAGUUUGUCUAAAGGAGCAUUUCUCAAAGACUAGUAUGAUGACUUCAAAAUGAGAAAAUAUGAUUUGUCUGUAAAAUUGAUUUGGAAUCUUAAUUUAUUUCGUGCUUACUUUAUUCCGCUUUGUAAAUGCUUUGUUAUAUAUAUAUAGAUAUAUAUAUAUAUUUGCACCUGAACAUUGCUGUAUAAAGCUGUUGUCCAUGGAAUUACAUUGUGACAGAAUAGUAUGUGCAAUGUUUUUUGUUGUUGACCUUUUUUAUUAGUUUAUGUUGACAUAUUUAAAACUGUAAUUUAAAGUCUGAAAUGCUUUACAUUGUUGUCAAAAUAGGUGAUGAUUUUUUUGCAAGUAAAGUCGAGCAAUCAAAUGUUUUUUAUUUUUCAAACUCCCUUUACAGUCUAAUGUUUGAUCUAGGAAGCUGUUGGUUAUUAAUGGUUUCUAGAUUUUAUUUUAUGAAGAAACAUGACGGAAUCAUGCAUGGAAAAGAAACACACUGGUUAAUCUUUUCUCUCAUUUUUUGUUUGUUAGUAAACAAUUGGGUACUUAUGUUAAUGUGAACACGUUAAAAUUAAUUCGAUAAUUUGAUGAGGAACAGUCAGUAUUAAAUAAGUAUAAAUCUUACUACUGAAAGUAUUUUGGUAAUGUUAUGUCAUUUAUUUCCAUUUCUAAAUUGAAACUUCAAAAUUAUUUAACCAAUAGUGUGGCAGAAUUAUUUGUAUCAUUUUCAGAUUUCUAUUGCAUUGUUUUGCCUCUCAAACCGAUUUUGUUCAAAUUAGUUUGUUUUGUUAUUUGACCUUUAGUUCAUGUUUAUUUCCACUGUUCUGAUAUAGUAUGUUCCGUUUAUAUACGUUCAUGAAGUUUGUGUAAGUAAGCAUUAUGUUGUAAAGAUUGUUAUUCCUUACAUUUUGAUUUGAACUUAAGAUUAAAUAACAUUUCUAAUUCACAAAACCAAAUCAUCUUUAUCUACUUUGGACCUCACAGAUACUGUCUUACCUUCCCAAGAACCUUUCCUAUAUUUGCAGUAUUCAGAAGCUUGCCUUGUUAAAAACCUUUUUGUUACGUACAGGAAGCAUGUGGGACGUAACCAAAGUUGUACAAUUUCAACCAAAAUAUUUAUGAUAAUGGUUUGUAUCGGCUUGAUAUCACUGAAUGGCCUUCCUGUAUCACCUUGACCAUGUACUGCUUAAUACAUGGUGAUUCUGAACUAUGUAACUGUUAUUAUUAAAGCAUAUUGUUCACUCAAAGUGAAAGAUUUCAAGGUCAAGGUCAUUGUUAGACUGCUCAUAGGAAGUCAAAUCAUGAUGAGUAGGGAUUUAAUGUUGAUAACCUUUACAGCUUGUAUUCAAUAACUGAUAAUGACAUGGAAAAGUAGUAAAUAAAGGAAAGAUUUCUGAAAAAACCCUGAUGAAAUGUAAUUGGCACUAAUAUUAAAUAUGCAUUAUUUGUAUGUUCAGGAGAAGAAAUGUAUAUAUAUAGUUCUGAAUUAUCAUUGUCUAUAUAUCACGUACAUAGCUGAACGUAUACCAUGUGAGUAGACUUGUAUAUGCUGACAAAAGUGCUUUGUGGAUAAGGCUUUAAUAUCGGUGUAUGAUCUUGUAGAAUAUCAUCUGUUGUAUAAAUAGUCCAAUUCUGUAACAUUUUGUCACAUUGCAGAAAUGCAUCCAAAAACAUAAUAAAUUUUAUUGACAUUGUCAAUACAUAUA